AUGAAGACCACUCCUUUCUGGGUGUCCAUCGCCCUCUCAAUUCCGGCUCUAGCAGCCACUGAAUCCACACCUUCAUCUGCUACAGCCACCACAACAACCGCAGCACCAAGCUGCACAGCAUCCCUCAUCACCAAACUCUGCGACUACCAGAAACCCGAACCAAACUUUGCCGUCGCUGAAGACACGAACUCAUGCUGGGAGUACUGUGACGCCCACCCACCCUGCGACUUUGUCAUCUUCGCCGCCGGCAACCCUUACACAGGCAGCGGCACAUGCUGGCUAUACCCCGGCGAAACCUUCGACGAGAGCAAAGGCAACCCGAAUUGCGACUCUCCCAAUGCCCAUCCCUAUCUGUCCGUCUACAGCAAGCCCGUGUGUUCUGGCGGCAGCGCAACCACGACUGGCGCCUGCGCCGCAACCGCAACGCCCUCUGCCAUUGCCAAGGUCUGCGGGUACCCGCCGCCGGGUGGUGACUGCUGGGAUACUUGUACGGCUAGUUCGGGAGCAUCCAACUGCUUGAGUCAGUGUGCGGAGGCCGAUGAUUGCAGCUAUGUCGUCUUUAACCCCCAUAAUGGCAGUGGCUCGCAGUAUGCCACCGGCACCUGCUGGAUGUAUCCCGCGGGCAAGUUUGAUGAGGGGCAUGCGAGCACUUGUGAUGGUGCUCCGGAGCAGUUCGUGUAUAACAAUGUGUGUCCUAAGCCACCUAAGCCGUCGACUUCAUCGUCCUCCGGUUCAUCGUCUACUACGGGAGGCUCUGGUACUGGUACUGGUGCUGGAACUGGAACUGCGACUGGUACUGCGACUGGUACUGGAACUGCAGGAUCUGCUCCGGCGUCAACUACUAGCAGCGAGAGCUCUGCAGCUACCGGCCUCUCGGUCGCUGGUUCAUUGGUCUUAGGUGCGCUUGUACCAAUGUGGCAGGCCCUUGAAUGA